AAACAAAAAUGGCGUCAGGCAGUACAAAUCCACAAGACACUCAAGAAGAAGACGCGUCUGAGCUUCAGUUUCCGAAAGAGUUUGAAAAUGCUGAAACCCUAAUGGUUUCUGAAGUGCAAAUGCUGCUUGAACAUAGGAAGAACCAGAAUGAGAGUGCUGAGGAAGAGCAGGAGCUGUCAGAGGUGUUCAUGAAGACCCUGCAGUACACACAGCGGUUCUCCAAGUUUAAGAACCGAGAAACUAUCGGAGCUGUGAGAAAUCUGCUGAUGUCCAAGAAGCUCCACAAGUUUGAGCUUGCCUCCCUGGCCAACCUGUGUCCUGAAGAGGCAGAGGAGGCCAAGUCACUCAUACCCAGGUACGUCAUACAUCUGUCCUGGCCAAGUCACUCAUACCCAGCCUUGAAGGAAGAUUUGAAGAUGAUGCGUUACAGCAAAUACUUGAAGACAUUCACACCAAGCGUAGUUUCCAGUAUUGAUUACCUUGCAAAUAUAAUCACACCGGACUUUAAGUAUGAAAUAUUUAACAAACCAAAUGUUAAGGGUCCAUACAGUGGGGCUUUGUUAUUCAGCUGUCUAGGAGAAACCCAAAAGAUCUCUACAUGUAUUAAAACUCUUGAAUCUAGUGACUGUUUCAUACAAAAUAUUUGUAUAUUUUCGCUUGAUUACCCCGGUAUUCUAAACUUUAUUUCUGGCAUAUUCAUUGGUUCUGAAAUUUUCUUUUAAAUGCCUUGUUUUUAAGACUAUCAGUCCAUUCUGUGGGGUAUACUACUCAGAUUAUAGGUCCACCAUAAAAUCAGUUGAUCUUAUUUACCAAAUUGUCCUCUAAGUUGACUACUCAGUUCAGAAAUAUUUAGGAUCACACAAUACACAGGUUGUUAAAAAAAGGAAAAAUAUGGAAAUGAGAUCAGUUUAUAGCUUUUCUUAUAAUGAAUUUCUUCGUUAAGCACUUGUUUUUAGCUCACCUAAGCACAACGUGCUCAUGGUGAGCUUUUGUGAUCGCCUUUUUCCGUCGUGCGUUGUGUCACGUCAACAUUUGCCUUGUUCACUCUCUAGAGGCCACAAUUAUUGUCCAAUCUUCAUGAAAUCUGGUCAGAAGAUUGGUCUCAAUGAUAUCUUGGAUGAGAUUGAAAAUGGUAACAUUUGCUUGAAAAACAUGGCUGCCAAGGGGCGGGGCAUUUUUCCUUAUAUGGCUAUAUAUGGCUAUAGUAAAAUCUUGUUCACUCUCUAGACGCCACAUUUAUUGUCCAAUCUUCAUGAAAUUUGGUCAGGAGAUUGGUCUCAAUGAUAUCUUGGAUGAGUUCGAAAAUAGUAACGUUUGCUAGAAAAACAUGGCUGCCAAGGGGCGGGGCAUUUUUCCUUAUAUGGCUUUAUAUGGCUAUAGUAAAAUCUUGUUAACUCUCUAGAGGCCACAUUUAUUGUCCGAUCUUCAUGAAACUUGGGCAGAAGAUUCAUCCCAAUGAUAUCUUAGACGAGUUCCAAAGUUAUGCCGGUUGGUUGAAAAACAUGGCCGCCAGUGGGCUUGGCAUUUUUAUGUCCCCCACUAUAGCAGUGGGGGACAUAUUGUUUUUGCCCUGUCUGUUGGUUGGUUGGUCUGUUGGUUGGUUGGUUGGUUGGUCUGUUGGUUUGCGCCAGCUUUAACAUUUUGCAAUAACUUUUGCUAUAUUGAAGAUAGCAACUUCAUAUUUGGCAUGCAUGUGUAUCUCAUGGAGCUGCACAUUUUGAGUGGUGAAAGGUCAAGGUCGUCCUUCAAGGUCAGAGGUCAAAUAUACGUGGCUCAUUUUAUGCUCAUUUUAUGCAUUUUUUUGCAAUAUUGAAGAUAGCAACUUCAUAUUUGGCAUGCAUGUGUAUCUCAUGGAGCUGCACAUUUUGAGUGGUGAAAGGUCAAGGUCAAGGUCAUCCUUCAAGGUCAGAGGUCAAAUAUUAUUUUAUGAAUACUUUUGCAAUAUUGAAGAUAGCAACUUGAUAUUUGGCAUGCAUGUGUAUCUCAUGGAGCUGCACAUUUUGAGUGGUGACAGGUCAAGGUCAAGGUCAUCCUUCAAGGUCAGAGGUCAAAUAUAUGUGGCCCAAAUCGCUUAUUUUAUGAAUACUUUUGCAAUAUUGAAGAUAGCAACUUGAUAUUUGGCAUGCAUGUGUAUCUCAUGGAGCUGCACAUUUUGAGUGGUGAAAGGUCAAAGUCAAGGUCAUCCUUCAAGGUCAAAUAUAUGGGUCAAAAUAUCUCAUGUAAUGUCACUUCUGCAAUAUUGAAGCUAGCAAUUUUAUAUUUGAAAUGCAUGUGUAUCUCAAUGAGCUGCACAUUUUGAGUGGUGAAGGGUCAAGGUCAAGGCCAUGCUUCAAGGUCAAACGUCAUAUAGGGGGACAUUGUGUUUCACAAACACAUCUUGUUCCUUAUAUGGCUAUAGUAUAACCUUGUUAACACUUUAGAGGCCACAUUUAUUUUCCGAUCUUCAUGAAAUUUGGUCAGAAGAUUGGUCUCAAUGAUAUCUUGGAUGAGUUAGAAAUUGGUAACGUUUGCUUGAAAAACAUGGCUGCCAAGGGGCGGGGUAUUUUUCCUUAUAUGGCUAUAAAUGGCUAUAGUAAAAUCUUGCUAACUCUCCAGAGGUCACAUUUAUUGUCCGAUCUUCAUGAAACUUGGUCAGAAGAUUCAUCCCAAUAAUAUCUUGCAAGACUUCGAAAAUGAUGCCGGUUGGUUGAAAAACAUGGCUGCCAGGGGGCGGGGCAUUUUUCCUUAUAUGGCUAUAGUAAAACCUUGUUUACACUCUAGAGGCCACAUUUAUUGUCCAAUCUUCAUGAAAUUUAGUCAGAAGAUUGGUUUAAAAGAUAUCUUGGAUGAGUUCAAAUAUGGCAAUGUUUGCUUGAAAAAACAUGGCUGCCAAGGGGCGGAGCAUUUUUCCUUAUAUGGCUAUAUAUGGCUAUGGUAAAAUCUUGUUAACUCUCUAGAGGCCACAUUUAUUUCCGAUCUUCAUGAAACUUGGUCAGAAGAUUCAUCCUAAUAAUUUUCUUGGACGAGUUCGAAAAUGAUGACGGUUGGUUGAAAAACAUAGCCGCCAGGGGGCGGGGCAUUUUUCCUUAUAUGGCUAUAGAAAAGCCUUGUUAGAACUCUAGAGGCCACAUUUUUUGUCCAAUCUUCAUGAAAUUUGGUCAGAAGAUUGGUUUCAAUGAUAUCUUGGAUGAAUUCGAAAAUGGUAACGUUUGCUUGAAAAACAUGGAUGCCAAGGGGCGGGGCAUUUUUCCUUAUGGCUAUAUAUGGCUAUAGUGAAAUCUUGUUAACUCUCUAGAGGCCACAUUUAUUGUCUGAUGUUCAUGAAACUUGAUCAGAAGAUUCAUCCAAAUAAUAUCUUGGAUGGGUUCGAAAAUGAUGCUGGUUGGUUGAAAAAACAUGGCCACCAGGGGGCAGGGCAUUUGUCCUAAUAUGGCUUAGGUAAACCUUGUUAACACUCUAGAGGCCACAUUUAUUUUUCCGAUCUUCAUGAAACUUGGUCAGGAGAUUUGUCCCAAUAAUAUCUUGUAAUCUCAGGUGAACGACUUUGGGCCUUUCAGGCCCUCUUGUUUAUGUCUCUUAGUAUAGUCUUUAUAUUUGCAAUUUAGUUUUGCAAAAGUAUAUAUACCGUGCUCUGUGAAAAGAGGGUUAAAUGCAUGAGCGUAAAGUGUCAUCCCAGAUUAGCCUUUGGAGUCCGCACAAGCUAAUCAGGGACAACACUUUCGCUUAAACUGGAUUUCUGCUAAGAAGAGACUUUCUUGAAAUGAAAAACACCAUAAAAGUGGAAAGUGUCGUCCUUGAUUAGCCUGUGCAGACUGCACAGGCUAAUCUGAAACAACACUUUACUCACAUGCAUUAAACCCCCUUUUCACAGAGCACAUCCCAUAUAAAUUUUCAAAAGAUUGGUACACUUUGUCCUGUAAUAGAAGAUGGACAGGAGGGAGGGGCAAUAGAACAAGGCUCAGCAUGCCGCUUUUUUGCUUUAGAUCUUUCCCGUAACCCUUUACCACUCAGAAAUGCAUUUUGACGCAUUUGAAGUCCCUUAAAAAAUCAAAUUUAAUUUAAGUCCUUUUUUAAUAUAUUCAAGUCUGUGAAGCUUCAUUUCCAACCCUUAGAUACUGAUGAGCAGCAAACAGCAUAAAACCUUAAAGACUGCGUGUAACUCUCAGGCUGUUCUGGUUUUAUGCUGUUUGUACAUAGCAAUUUUAACUUAGCGUCUGAAUCGGAAAGGGUUAAAAAAUAAUGAAUACACUUUUCAGUCCCUGACAGAUUUGGGGCUGUGGGGUAGGGAAGAAGAACAUAUAUUAUGAUAGAAUAAACUAGACCUUCAAACCAUAUUUAAUUAGGAACUCCCAUAGCAACCUCCAAUAUUAUUAUGAAUAUUCAGGUGUGUGAUUUUGCCUCCUUUCAGUUGAAUACCUUUUUGAUGCUAAACUAAUUCAGUUUACUCAAUGUUUUUUAUUUACAAAUGUUGUAUGUGGAUGUUAUUUUUUAUGCUUCCAGAUCGAAUGAUCGGGGGUAUAUUGUUUUUGGCCUGUUUGUCUGUGUGUCUGUCAGUCUGUGUGUCUGUCACUAAACUUAAACCUUGGUCCUAACUUUUGCAAUAUUGAAGAUAGCAACUUGAUAUUUGGCAUGCACAUGCAUCUCAUGGAGCUGCACAUUUUGAGCGGUGAAAGGUGAAGGUCAUUCUUCAAGGUUUUAAAGGUCAAAUAUAUGGCUUUAAAGUGGCGCAGUAGGGAGCAUUGUGUUUCUGACAAAACACAUCUCUUGUUAUAUUAUAGUUAUUUAGUCUGUACAAUGACGGAUAUUGAAACAUAAUAAAGUUUAAUAAUGUUUCUAGAAAAAUGAAUUAAAAUGUGUUCUUCAACAGUUGUUUUACAAAGGGAUAUAUUUAGAGUGCAACAGCUGUCCUGUAUGUGUUGUUUAUAUUUUUAAUAAACAUGCACAUGUGUUCUACCUUUAUUAUGUCAUAAUCAUAGCAAAUGCUAAACAUUGUCAUAAAUAUCAUUUGUUUU